GUACACCAGUCUAGAGAAGGCCAAUCAGAAGAAGUUAUGAGGCCAAUUUAAAAUAGAUUGCAAGGAGCAAUUAAUAUAGGAAGAGAGGAGAUGUUGGAAUCCCAGCUAUGAGCCAUCAGCUUAUAGAGCCUGACCUUUGAAUUCUUUCUCCUCCUUCCUUUCUGCUGCAUGACAAACAUUCUGAAGGUCAGAGGAAAGUCAUGGAGUGCUCAAUGUCCACAACAACUGUCAUAGUGUUCUUGCUCUCUUUGAUUGCUCUGGAGGACUUCACUGUCAUUGCCAAAAGCGGUAGAUACUUCUCUCUAUGUCCUUCCAUUCUAAUUCCUUCCAUUCUAAUUCUUGCAACAUCCAAUUCCUUCGCUGCAGACAUGGCAGUCUACGGGUGCAAUUAUGUGCAAGAACACAAGAGGAACGAGGAACUUGGUGCCACCAGCCAGAAAUGGCUCAGAGGAAGGAAGAUGGUGGAGGAAGUCAGAAGCACAGUGAACACAGGCGCCAAACACUGGAUCAAAGAACAUGAGCAUGGACAAGAUGGGCGUUCGAGUGUAGGGAGUGAGGUGAGACAUCAGAUUCGCCAUUCCAGGGUUCAUUUUGCUGGCUUUGUAUCUUUCAGUUCCGAUUACCGGGCGCCGAAAAACCACCCCCCAAAGCACAACUAAAGCAGAGCGUUUUGAGUCUAUUUUAUCUCUGUUAUCUAUACUUGUUUAGGAUAUAACAAGAGAGGAACAGUUUGUAUUCUGCAUAUCUGAUGUCUAAUGCAUCUAUAUAGUUAACAUGGGAUUUCUAGAUUGAUGUUCUAUAUACAUCUUCAGCAAAAACAUUGUA